UGAUGCUAGCCAAAGCCAAGGAAGCAUGGGAACAAGAUCAAGUGGACAAGCAAGGGGAGAAGGAGAGAUACCUGGCUGAGCGGAUCACACAGCUGCGGACCAGCGGGCUGUCCUUCAGCCAGCUGCAGGAUCUGUGCAGGGAGCUGCAUGAGAAGGUAGAAAUCGUGGAUGAGGAGCGGUACGACAUCGAAGCCAAAUGCAUCCACAACACCAGAGAGAUCAAAAACCUGAAGCUGAAAGUGCUUGACCUGCGGGGGAAGUUCAAGCGCCCCCCGCUGCGCCGUGUCCGCGUCUCCGCUGACGCCAUGCUGCGGGCACUGCUCGGCUCCAAGCACAAAGUCUCCAUGGACCUGAGAGCCAACCUGAAAUCUGUCAAGAAGGAGGAUACGGAGAAGGAGCGCCCUGUGGAAGUGGGCGACUGGCGUAAGAACGUGGAGGCCAUGUCGGGCAUGGAGGGCAGGAAGAAGAUGUUUGAUGCUGCCAAAUCUCCGACAGGCCAGUGAAAGGUGCUGCCUGGAAGGACGAAGAGUCACCCUCUCCCGCUGCCUGCAGCUUCGCCCCCGGCCGCCCCUUCACGCUGCCCCAUUUGUGCCUCUUCCUGCAUUCGCUCUCGAGCCAGUGCACUUGCAGAAAGCAAAAGCUCGUCCAGUCUCUGUGUUUAAAUCAGCCCCCAC